UUACUCACCACCAUGAACAGGUGAUCGACGACUAAAUGACUCGUUGCGCGCUCUCAAAUCGUUAUAACUGAGUGGUCGACAAGCGAAGCCCUCCCUCGCAACCCAAAUAAUGAUCACCUUAUACGACGCUGGACCAACCCUCUUCCCCGACACAUCCUUGGGAGUCUCGCCAUACACGCGUAGAGUAAUAUUGACACUCAACUACAAGAAGCUCCCGUACAAAAUCGUCGAGAUAACCCUCGACAAGAUCGAAUCCACCGCUAAAUCCAUCGGAGCGCCGCCAACCCGCACCGACCCAAAGGACGGAACACCAAAGUACACCGUGCCUAUCAUUCAAAACUCUGAAACUGGACAGGUUGUAUCCGAAUCUUUAAGAAUCAUCGAAUACCUCGACGAAACCUACCCUGACACUCCCAGAGUAAUGCCCCCCGGGACAUGGAUCCUUCAAUAUAUGUUCGCAGAAACGAUGUUUAAACCCAUGCUUCCCCUGUCCCCCGUGAUGCGCCCCAAGUUAAACGAAAAGUUCUGGACUCCCGAGUUUAUAGCCGGACAGAGGAGAGUUUUCGGAGACGAGUUUAUGGAUUCGACCUUAUUAUCCCCAGAGGAGGAAAGUGCCGCAUGGAAGACGGCCCGAGCGAGCUAUGAUUCGCUAGGCGAAGCCUAUGGAAAGCAGACAAGCCCUUAUAUUAUGGGCGGGGACGGCCCGAGUGUUGCCGAUUUCAUCGUCGUGGGGUUCCUUUGGUUUAUAAAUAUGACAUAUGGAGAAGAAAGUGAGGAAUGGAAGGAGGUCUGUAGCUGGUCAGGGGGUCGGAUGGGGGUGCUGUGCUCGGAGGUGGUUUCGAGAUGUGGGAGAAAACUGCUGUAAUGCCGAACUUCAGCUGUACAGCCUGAGACGGAGAUGACUUUCGGGAAAUAACAUGUCCUCGGAUUCUGUCGGGC